AUAUUGAAGACCUAUCACGUGAUAUACUUAAGUCAGAAACAUGUAGUUUAUUAAUUCCUGAAAUUGAACUUGAACUUCGCUCAGGCACACUUGGAGGACGAUUUACCACAGUUGAGGGUUUAUUACGGCAGGUUCAUGAAGAACUUCAAGACAAAGUUCCAUUUGUUAGUGGGGAUGGUGUAGAAAAUGAACGUAAAGCAUCGUUUGAAAAAUUUUUGACCAAAUUAAAUAAAGUAAUUACGGGAGAAGCUUUACCAGUUCAUUUGGUACUUGAUGAUCCACUUUCCAAUUCAUAUUUACAAAAUCCUUAUGCACCAGAUCCGGAUCCGAACAUGCAAAUAGAAACAUAUGAAAGAAGUUGGGAGCAAAAUGAAUUUCUUGGAUUAAAUGACAUUGUAGUGGAUAACUAUUAA